UCUCCCCGCGGCCGGACCGGACCGAGCGCAAGCCCCAGCCCCGUCACGGGCCCCGCCGCCGCCGACGGGCCGGGCCGGGCCUGCCGCCGCGCCCCCUCCCGCUCCUUCUCCCUCCUUCCCCGGCCCGGUGUGUGGGAGGCGCCGGGCCCGCUCGGAAGGAACGCCGACGCGCUCAAUGCCCAGGGUGUUCUGUUGGAAUAUACGUCGCACAUUUAUGGCGAUUCUGAGUGUGAGGGCAGACUUCUGCCAGGCCCAGCACAGCAUCCUGGCUGACAAGUGAGCUGAGUGCAGGGGGUUCUACGUGCCAUAAUUACUUUGCCUUGAAGACUCCAGACACAGCGAACACACUCAAAUAUAUGGGAUAUCUUCUAAACAUUGGAAGCAUAUUCCUUUUACUGACUCUAGCAAAACUAAGCAUCAAGAAAACAAAGUGGAGAGAAAAUCUGCCCUUACUUUUUUCCCUCACCAGUGCCUAAAUGUAGAACAGGCUGCCUAGUCUUGCAUGUAGUCAGAAUUUUUGGAGUCUGAAGGAUACCACCUGCAGUAAUUGAGGCCGAAGUUGAAUUCAAGUGGAUUCUGAAGCAAACCUGCUUUUCUAGAAGCGAAUUCUGUAAGGAACAAACACGUCAAAGCAAGCUCUGAUCAAUCCCAGGCAUUUUAGUGGUCUUUUUAAUGUUUUCUGCUGUGAAACGUUUCCAAGGUUAUUGAUUUUUUUUUUUUUAAUUUUUUUUGGCCCCUUACACAUUUUAUUUGCCAUUAUGAACCGUCCAGCCCCCGUGGAAAUUACUUAUGAGAAUAUGCGUUUCCUGAUCACUCACAACCCAACCAAUGCAACCCUCAGCAAGUUCAUAGAGGAGUUGAAGAAGUACGGAGUGACAACCUUGGUGCGAGUUUGUGAUGCCACUUAUGAUCAAGCUCCUAUUGAAAAAGAAGGAAUCCAGGUUCUAGACUGGCCAUUUGAUGAUGGAGCACCACCCCCGAAUCAGAUAGUUGACGACUGGCUAAACCUGUUGAAAACCAAAUUUCGUGAAGAGCCUGGAUGCUGUGUUGCUGUUCACUGUGUUGCAGGGUUGGGAAGGGCUCCUGUACUGGUUGCACUUGCUCUCAUUGAAUGUGGAAUGAAGUACGAAGAUGCAGUUCAGUUUAUAAGGCAGAAAAGGAGGGGAGCUUUCAAUUCCAAACAGCUGCUUUACCUUGAAAAAUACCGACCUAAGAUGCGAUUACGCUUCAAAGAUGCCAACGGUCACUGCUGUGUUCAAUAAAAAAAAAAAUAAUCUCAAACGAAGGCAGAAGUUAGCAUGGCUGUUUUCUGGACUCUUGGCACCUGGAAAUGUGAAUCUGGAAUCAAACUACGUCAUCAAAUUAGUGGUGGAGUCAGUGCUCCUCAACCUCUGUCCUAAUGGUGGUGAUGAUUGAAAAAAUAAAAAUAAAAAAAAAAAUUAAGAGAAACAUUUCAGUGAAGGAUUGUUUUCUCCUUAAGCUGCAGUUUGAACAUCUGCAAGGAGAAAAUCAGUUUCUGAACCUUCUGUAUUUUUAACUUUUUAAGAAAAGAAAUAAAGUAAAUUUUAUGUCUAAGGAAAACCA